AUGUCGCGGGUGAGCGGCCCCGGGCCGGCCGGCAGCGCCAAGGAGAAGCGCUCCUUCAGCAAGCGGCUUUUCCGCGGGAGGGCGGCGGGCGGCGGCGCGGGCUCGGCCCCGACCGCCGCCCCGGCCCCAGCGCCGUCCGGGCGGUCGCUCGGCGGGUUCAUGAGCCGCGUGCUGAAGACCCUCUCCACGCUCUCGCACUACAGCAGCGAGCCCGAGACCCGCGGCGCGCUCGCCCCGCGCCUGCCCCCGCCGCAGGCGACGGGCGGCCUGGGCAGCUGCUUCCCGCCGGGCCCGCCGCGCAGCCCCGAGCCCCCGCCGCGCCCCGCCGGCGGCUCCGAGGCCGUGCCCGGCGUGGCGGGGCUGCGCAACCACGGCAACACCUGCUUCAUGAACGCCAUCCUGCAGUGCCUCAGCAACACCGAGCUCUUCGCCGAGUUCCUGGCGCUGGAGCAGUUCCGCGGCGGGCCGCCCCCCGCCGACGGGCCGCCGCCCGCGCCCGGCGAGGUCACGGAGCAGCUGGCGCAGCUGGUGCGGGCGCUCUGGACGCUCGAGUACACCCCGCAGCACAGCCGCGACUUCAAGAACAUCGUGUCCAAGAACGCGAUGCAGUACCGCGGCAACGCCCAGCACGAUGCCCAGGAGUUCCUGCUUUGGCUGCUCGACAGAGUCCACGAGGAUCUGAACAAUGUGGUGAAUUCCAGUGGCAUGCCUCCACUCAAGCCACCUCUGGAGGAUGAUGUGCUGCUUGAGGGCCCAGCCUUUCCCAUCAGUAGCACUUUUGUGCAGGAACUCUUUCAAGCCCAGUACAGGUCCUCCCUGACGUGCCCUCAUUGCCAGAAGCAGAGCAACACCUUUGACCCCUUCCUGUGCAUCUCGCUGCCGAUCCCUCUGCCGCACACCCGGCCUCUCUAUGUCACCGUGGUGUACCAGGGCAAGUGCUCGCACUGCAUGCGCAUCGGCGUGGCCGUGCCCAUCUCCGGAACCGUGGCCAGGCUGCGGGAGGCCGUGUCCUCGGAAACCAAGAUACCCACGGAGCAGAUCGUGCUGACAGAGAUGUACUACGAUGGGUUCCAUCGCUCCUUCUGUGACACCGAUGACUUGGACACCAUCCACGAGAGCGACUGCAUUUUUGCCUUUGAGACCCCAGAGAUCUUCAGGCCUGAGGGCAUCCUCAGUCAGAGAGGAAUACAUGUGAACAAUAACCUGAAUAACUUGAAAUGUGGCACUGAGCACUCCCGAACAAUAGCUUACUCUCAAGGAAUGGUGAAGUCUGGAAAACUGGAACAGUCCUCUCCUAAACUAGCAGCAAAUGACAAGAUUGUCUUGCUGGUGUGUAACAGAGCGUGCACUGGACAGCAGAGCAAAAGGUUUGGCUUGCCCUUUGUGUUGCACUUGGAAAAAACAAUUGCUUGGGAUAUUCUGCAGAAGGAAAUACUGGAGAAGAUGCAGUAUUUCCUGCGGCCUGCAGCCUGCUUGCAGGUUUGCCCAUUCAGCUUGCGAGUGGUCAGUGUUGUGGGCAUAACAUACUUGCUACCUCAGGAGGAGCGACCCCUCUGCCACCCAACAGUGGAAAGGGCAUUGAAGUCAUGCGGACAGGGGGGAACUGCUCAUGUGAAAUUAGUGGUAGAAUGGGACAAAGAAACUAAAGAUUACUUGUUUGUGAAUACAGAAGAGGAAUAUAUUCCAGACUCUGAAAGCGUCCGCCAGCAGAGAGAGCUUCAUCAUCAACCUCAGAUCUGCACUUUAUCUCAGUGUUUCCAACUGUACACCAAAGAGGAACAGCUUGCCCCAGAUGAUGCAUGGCGAUGCCCACACUGUAAGCAGCUGCAGCAGGGUAGCAUCACACUGAGCCUCUGGACCUUACCUGAUGUUCUCAUCAUACAUCUCAAAAGGUUUAGACAGGAAGGAGACCGAAGGAUGAAACUUCAGAACAUGGUUAAAUUUCCCUUGAGUGGCUUGGACAUGACUCCUCACGUUGUGAAACGCAGCCAGAGCAGCUGGAGCUUGCCAUCACACUGGUCACCUUGGAGGAAACCUUAUGGCCUCGGCAGAGAUCCUGAGGACUACAUCUAUGACCUGUAUGCUGUCUGCAACCACCAUGGCACCAUGCAAGGGGGACAUUAUACAGCAUAUUGCAAGAAUUCUGUUGAUGGCCAGUGGUACUGCUUCGAUGACAGUGAAGUUCAGCAGCUUUCUGAAAGUGAAGUCUGCAAGCAGACCGCUUACAUCUUGUUCUACCAGCGGCGCACAGCGAUCCCCUCGUGGUCUGCCAACAGCUCGGUGGCAGGCUCCACCAGCUCGUCGCUGUGCGAGCACUGGGUCAGCCGGCUCCCGGGCAGCAAGCAGCCCAGCGUGGCCUCGGCCGCCUCCUCGCGCCGCACCUCGCUCGCCUCGCUCUCCGAGUCCGUGGAGCUCACCGGGGAGCGCAGCGAAGAUGAUGGAGGAUUUUCAACUCGACCAUUUGUAAGGAGUGUCCAGCGUCAGAGCUUGUCAUCCAGAUCCUCUGUCACCAGCCCGCUGGCAGUGAGUGAAAAUGGUGUCAGGCCCUCGUGGUCGCUCUCUGCAAAGCUGCAGUUCCGCUCCAACUCCCCAUCACGCUUCUCUGGAGAUUCCCCAGUACAUACCUCUGCUUCCACUCUGGAGAAGAUUGGGGAAGCUGCUGAUGACAAAGUUUCCACCUCAUGCUUUGGCAGCCUGAGGAACCUCUCUAGCAGCUACUUGGAGCCCUGUGACAGCAGUCGGCGAGAGCACAGGACAGCUCGCAGAGCCCCUUUGGCUGUCAUGGAAGGGGCGUUCAGGGAAGAGUCCGUUGUAAGGACAUCGAGCUCAGACCUUUCAGAUGGCUAUGGGAAAAGCUCUGUGCAGCCAGACAGGAGUCACCCUGCUCUGGACCCUUUUGAUAACAACAAUCAAAUCGCCUUUGUUGACCAGAGCGAUUCUGUGGACAGCUCUCCCGUGAAGGAGGUGAAAGCCCCAGCUGGGACGGGGCUGGCUGCAGAGAAGGCACAUGACACCCCUAAGAAGGGUCACAGCUCCAAAGGAGCUUCUGAGCCCGACAAAAGUUUGAGGAAGGGAAGGACAGUCUUAGCUACCCAAGAGACCAAAGUCUCUCACUCUUCUCCUCCACUGAAGAGCUCUCAGAAAGCUUCCCGGUCUAGAAGUAAGGCAGACUCCUCUAGGGUCAGCGGGCGACACGGGUCUCCUGCUCCCACACAGGCCAGGAAGGAGCACAGCACAAAGCCCCUGGAGGCAUCUGUCCCUUCAGCUGCACAGAAGCAGAAGUCAGGUUCUUCUCCAUCCUCCACGGCUGCCAAGAAAACCCCAUCAGGCUCAUUGACUAAGGGCUCUUCCUCUGGGAAGAGCCGGACUUCGGAGCGCAGCCUCAGCAGGGAGGGCUCCAAGGUCAGCCUGGGCUCGGAUAAAACGAGCGUCACCAGCGGCUCCAGGACGAGCUCCCCACGGAUCAGCCACUCCAGGAGUGACAGCAGGGCAGUGGACAGCAAGCACGUGCGCAGCUCCUCCAUGGCCAACCUGCGCUCCCCGAGCGCCGCCGCGCGCUCUGGGCUGAAGAGGGACAGCAAGUCAGAAGAGAAGGGUUUGUCUUUCUUUAAAUCAGCCUUAAGGCAGAAGGAGACACGGAGGUCGGCAGACCUGGGGAAGACAACGAUGCUUUCAAAAAAGACAGGGAGUGUCAGUUCCAAGUCAGGCAGUAAAAAUGUGCUGGAGGACAAACCGGAGAAAGGUGGUGUCCCACCAGCCUCUCAAACCAAUGCCAACAUUACUACAAAAGAAAAACUUGUCUCAAAAGAUGCCACAUCCAACAAACAUUCUCUGCUAUCCAGUCGCAAGUCCAAGUCUUCCCAGCUAGAUCCCAGAGUCCAGUCUCCUCCUUCCAGUGGCAAGCAGUCUGCUGACAAGCCGCUGAAAAAGUUACCUUCCAGCAUGCAGGUGUCUGUACGGCCUUCUCUGGAACCUCAGUGAAAUGCUGCAAUCCAGACCCUCAGCCCAGCGCUGCUCUGCCCGGAGGGGUGUGGGACCUGCACCAGAGCCACGUGCAGCAGGGUGUGCAGCGGUGGCUCCCGAUGCGGAGGAGAUGAGGAUGGGCUGCUCCUGCUGCCACCCCUGAGCCCAGCGAGGAGGAGGAUGGAGCAAGGCAGGAGGAGGACAGGCUGCCUGUCCUGGUGCUGAAUGGAAACCUCUGUCCUUGGUGGAUUGCUUGCGGCAACCCCGCAGGGCUGGGAGAGCUGCCCCAGUCUCGGGGCAAAGGGGGCACAGAUUGGGCCACCCAGGGUCUCCUCUGGGCCGAAGGAUGGAAGAUGAUGUGCCCCCAGCCUGUGCCUGCAGCCCUUUCUGCUGUGGACUGGGAUCCUCCUGCUCCAGUGAGCCCUCAGUGCAUCAGGGGCUGGCUUGGGCAUAACAAACUCACCUUUCAACACGAUUUUUGAUCCUCAAGGGUUCUUUUUCCUCCUCUGUGCAUAUUUUUGCAGGAGGGGACUGUUGCACAGGUGAGCAGCAUUAUCACCCCCAUGCCCUUCAGUGCUCACCAAAGGGGAAGUUGUCAGUGACUCCCCCUGUUCCCCAAAUCCCCAGAUGGGUUGUCCUGUCCCCUUGCCUGGUGGUGGUUACAGAGGUGGUGAUGUUGGUGUGCUCAUCAACAGCUGUGCUGCAUUGCCCCUUGCCCACAGGGUCCUUGGGGGAUGCAUGGCCCCUGCCAGGGAGCCUUGGUCUGCGUUUCCAUCCAUCCUGCUGGGAGUGGUGAGCUGGAGCUGAGCCCUGGGUGCUGAGCUGAGGAGCUGCUGCUGCCCUGGCCGACCAGGCACACGAGUCCCACCCCUACCGUGUACCAGAGGCACUGCUUCACAGCUUGUGUGGAAAUGGGGAUGGCAGAUGUCAUAUUAAAUCAUGGGGUCAUCAUUUAUUUAUAGGUGAUUACAUUAAAGAGAGAUUAAUAUA